UUUGCUGGAACCAACAGCCCAGCGAUAUCUUUAUCUAGACUACAAUAUUUAGACCUAUCCAGCAUGGCCUGGCUGCUGCCGCUCCAGUAGUGUAUGUGUAUGUGUGUGUGUGUGUGUUAACGGUCUUUCAACCUCCAUUCACACCAGUCAACGUUUUCCAGAAUAAGUUUGUUUUCACUCGGUGGAGGUCCAGUGUUCGCCACAAGUCGCCGUCGCACUACCCCUGCUUGAACAUGAAGAACGUCUCUGAGGCUAAAUCCGACAGCUUCCGGCUAGACGCCUCCCUGCUGUACAAAGACUCGUGUCCGGAGCUCUCUCGGUUCUUCAUGCAGAGCCCUGCGAAGGCUAAUGCACCUGCAGAGCAGAACUCCUCCAGGCUGCUGUGUCCGUCCUGUUAUCAGUGGCUGCAGCCUGACAAUCACCGGGUCCGGCUGCGGCCCAAGCAGCGGCCAUCGGCUCGGGUGCAGAGUGUCCUGCGCAGGAAGGCGAGGGGGAAACGUCUCAGUCUGGUGCAGAGAAACCUGCUGCAACGCUUCCAAAAGUCCUCCUCAGUACUGUUGGCCACCUGCCACACUUGCAGCAAGACGACCAGACACAAAGGAAUGAACCGGGAGUUCAUGGCGACCCACAGCACGCCAGGGAGCGCUGCCAAACACAAGACCCCUCAGUCAACCCACAGAGCCAACAUGGCGUCCCCCAAGACUCCUGCUCAUACUCCUAGGUCCUCCACCUCCUCCAACACUUCAGGGUCAGGAUCUUCCUCCAAGACUCCCUCUAAACCUAAAAAUUGGGUCGUCCAGCGUCUCAGCAAGAUAUUAAUGCGAGAAGACAACCAGGCCAGCAAGAAGAAGGGGGGCUUGAAAGAUUUUCUUUCCUCACUUUGAGUAUCCUCUUUGUCUUUAUGUAAACUCUUAAGAACAAGGGGUUGGACCAACAUUUGUAACCUGGUAACACCCACAACUAAAAGGGAACUUUGGUUCCCGAGCCGGUGUGGGAAGAGUUACAGCUUGCUCACCAACACAGCUAUUGCUGGGCUGUUUGGAAUGGCACUCCUGGUAUCCUGAAUGCAACAACUGGGAGCACUGGGAGGCUAUUUCAGUUAUUAAUCAGGGUUACUGCAUCUUCUGCUGAGCCGGUUGGAGGAAACCGCUCCUUUGCCUAAUGUAGCACAUGCCUCUUGUAAUCUCCUCAACUCGAGACGUUAUAUUAAGUGGAAGGUUUGAGGAAUUAUUCAGUAUUUAUCAAAUGGCUCAAACAUCACAGCAAACCCACCUGUGUUCUGCGGUGGUAUUGUGGCAUGACACGCUGGUUUACAUGCCAAUAUCCUUCUCCACUUUUUUCUUUAAAGUUACAAGUAUACAUGUAUAUGAUACUGAUAUAUACAACUUAAGUGGAUUCAUCUUACUUUACUUUUGAAUUGAUUUACUUUAUUUGUUGUCUCUUUUUGAUUAGGAGAUGUCUGUAAAUUAAUUUGGUAUUGUGACUAAACAUGACCAGAUUGAAAAAUGUAUAUAUUUUGUUGCAUUUUUGUACGUGCAUGCAAAUGGUUUUGAAAAUGUGCAUAGUCAUCAGUGAAGAUAUAUGUAAUUAUUAUCUUAAAUGAGACUCACCAGUUGCUGUUUACAUUGAAUAGAUACAUUUGCCUAAAACCUGUACAAAAAAUACUUAGACAUUCAAUAUUGUCACGGUUGUACUUUUUUUUUUUUAAGACUAUAUUUUCUUUGGCAAUGUGUUUUGUAAAGGUUAAGAUCCUUUUAUUUUUGUUAAAAGCAGGUUUUUUGAAUAUAUUUACUGUGUUUUAUACUUCCUGAACACCUGGCUGUUUUCAAUAGCUGUUCAGUAUGUUUAAUCCAGAAAUACCUCACGAUUGUAUUCCUCCAACACCGUGAUAAUCUGAAAUAAAACCUUUUCAGUCUGCAAAA